UCUAUCUUUAUUGUGAAUAUAUCACUGCUUUUGACAAAAUCUUCAUAAUUUAAAUGAAUUGAAUAUGAAAUGUAAACUUGAGUUAACGUUAUGUGGAAUAUUCGACAAAGAAGUCAAGUAGGUUUUCUUCAUAAUGAAAAUCGGCCUAGUUUUGAAUCUGUGGGUGUUUUCAGUGGUUUGACUUCCCCGCACUGAGUGUCUCUGAGGAGAUUCAAUGACGUUAGUUUAUCUUCAGUAAAACCUGUUAAGAAGCAACAACAUGGAGAACUCUGGUCUUGUAACGAGAACAAAUGUGCCAGUUCCUCUGAAGAGCAUCUCAGUGGAUGUGCAGGUCAAGGGUCAUGUAGCCACAGUCACCUCCACUCUGCAGUAUGUGAAUGAGGAAGAUCGCCCCCUGGAGGCCUUGUUUGUGUUCCCUCUGCCUGCUGAUGCUGCUGUCUGUCACUUCAGUGCUAAGAUCGGAGAACACGAGAUUGUGGGAGAGGUGCAAGAAAAACAAACCGCGAGAGAUCAGUAUGAUGAUGCUGUGAGUUCAGGUCAGGAGGCGUUUCUGUUGGAAGAGAGUGAAGAAAGUUCUGAUGUGUUCAAACUGAGUGUUGGGUGUCUGUCACCGGGUCAGAACGCCGCCAUCAGCAUCACAUACAUCACUGAACUCUCUGUGCAGGCCGACCACGCGCUGCGCUUCUGUCUGCCUGCUGUCCUCAACCCCAGAUACACACCAGCAGGUUCAGCUGCUGGAUUAGUUUCAGAGAUUUCAUCAGUACGUGACUCUGUUCCCUACACUCUGACUCUCAGUGUUCAUGUGAGCUCUCCAAACCCCAUCUCCAAACUAGAGUCCAAGUGCACUCUGGAUCCUCUAGUGUUCCUCAACUCGGAUCACACUCUCGCUACGGUGAAUCUGAGUUCUGGUCACAAGUUUGAUAAAGAUGUUGAGUUGUUUGUGUACUAUGAGAAUACCCAUCAGCCCACUGCUAUAGUGGAGGCAGGAGUGACCACUGCACAAGCAGGUUCUCUGAUGAGUGAUCCAGUGGUGAUGAUCAGUUUGUACCCAGAAUUCCCAAAGAAAGUGAUGUCAUCAUUAACAGCUCAAGGAGAGUUUGUUUUUGUGAUUGACAGAUCAGGCAGUAUGGACUGUGCGAUGCAUCGUGGUGAAGGAGCACAUGGAAAUAGGCGUAUAGAAAGUGCAAAGGAAACUCUGCUGUUACUGUUGAAGAGUCUGCCCAUGGGCUGUUACUUCAAUAUCUAUGGAUUUGGCUCCAGUUAUGACUCCUUCUUCCCUCAGAGUGUUGUGUACAAUCAGGACACAAUGGAUCAGGCACUGAAGAAAGUCAAUGAAAUGGGCGCAGACAUGGGCGGCACAGAGAUUCUACAGCCUCUGAAACACAUCUACAGUCAACCCUGUUACCCUGAACACCCCAGACAGUUGUUUGUCUUCACUGAUGGAGAGGUGGGGAACACAAAAGAGGUUCUGGAUCUUGUCAGAAACCAUUCUCAGUCUCACAGGUGUUUCUCAUUCGGGAUUGGUGAGGGUGCGAGUACCGCCCUCAUCACAGGAUUGGCCAGAGAGGGAUGUGGCCAUGCCCAGUUCAUCACCGGCACUGACCGCAUGCAGCCCAAAGUGAUGCAGUCUCUCAGGUUUGCUCUGCAGCCUGUAGUGAACAAGAUCUCUGUGCAGUGGAAAGUUCCAGACGGCAUUACUGUUGACACUCUGUCCCCACCCAUCAAUGUCAUCUUCCAGGGUCAAAGGUCACUCAUUUAUGCCCAGAUUAAAGGACAGAGUUCAGAAAGCUCUGAAGGAUCAGUGAUGAUACAAUACAACCUGAAAGAUCAACCAGUGACAAACCAGCUUCACUUCUGCCUCAAACCAACUGAGGACACUGGGUUGAUGAUCCACCGUCUGGCGGCUCGGUCUCUGAUUGGUUGUCUGGAGCAGGAGGAGAGGGCAGGAGGUGCAGAGGUGGAGUCUAUCAAGAGCAAGAUGGUGAAGCUCAGUGUUGAAGCAGGAGUGAACAGUGUUCAUACAGCCUUCAUUGCCAUUAAUAAACACAACAGAGAGACUGUGAAAGGACCUCUCAUACAGACAAGAAUACCAACACAAGUCCUGCAAAUGUGUGUGAGGCUAAUGAAAAUGAUGUGCCCAAUUAGUCCUCCUCCAUGUCGUGCAGCGAUGCCCAGGUGGUGCCGAAUGGCUGCUUCUCCCGUGGCUCCUUCUCCAGGUAGUGCAGAGACUUGGUGCUUGGAGCCUUAUGAAUACUUUUCAGAUGAUGAUCAGUAUCAACCCCCGAUGGCAGGAUUACCUGAAUAUUUGGGAGGUUUUCAGCAUUCGGUAAGACGUGGUUGUGGGAUGGCGAGGUCCUCAAUGCUUUCUAAUGCAGGGUAUGAUUUUGUACGCGAGCGUGGUGAAUGUGGAAUCGUAUCAAAUGGUAUUCAUGAAGAACUGGACACACAAAUGUUAGAGGCUCUUCAGCAUGACUCUCGUUUGAAAUGCAGCCUGGCUGAUCUACCACCGUUACAAACAAAAAACAGCGGAAUAAUAAAAAAGGUCAAGAGUUUGUUUCGCCGUAAUUCUAAACAGAAGUCUAUGUCAUCUGUCCAGACAAACGUUCAUAGAGAACAAGAAGAAUGUGAGCCUCAGAAGGACUCUUUUCUUCAGCUGGUGUCUCUUCAAAAGGCUUCGGGCUGCUGGGAUCUGAACUCUGCGCUGGCACAAGUGUUUGGAAAGACAGAAGAUGAGCUGACCAAUCAGAAACCAGUACAGGUGGAUGGCUCAGUGUGGGCCGCUCUACUGGCUCUCAUCUGGUUAUACGGAUAUAAAAUCCAGCAACAAGAUGAGUGGCAGUUUGUGGCCAUGAAGGCGUCAUCAUGGAUCCGCUCUCAGAACGUGGGCGGUCUGUCUCAGUGUGUGUGUGAUGGGAAUGUUCUGCUGGGAUGUCACGUGACUCAAGAGAUUUUGGGAAUCUGAAGACUUCAGUGUUUCUACCUCAUGUCCUGUCAGAAGGCCAAAGAACUCAUGCGGUUCAUUUAGUUUAUAUUUUUAGUUGUAAGAGUUGAAUACCAUCCUCAAACUCAGCUCAGUCUGACUUCAAGUCAUAGUACAGGCUCUUGUCCUGUCCAGACUGGACUAAUGCAAUGCGCUACUUGGUGGACUUCCAGCUUGCACAACCAAACCUCUACAGAUAAUCCAGAAUGGCGCGGCAAGAGUUUUCUUUAAUGAACUGAAGAGAGCACACGUCACUCCUCUAUUCAUUAAGCUACAUUGGCUCCCUAUAGUCGCUCGCAUCAAAUUGAAGACUCUGCUCCUGGCCUACAAGACCACCAGUGGUUCGGCACCACCUUAUCUUCACUCACUAAUACAGAUUUAUGUAAUCUCUCUCACGUACCUUCUUUUGAUCGGUUCCACCUAUGUGGAAUGUUCUGCCCGCUGCUACAAGAUCUGCAGAUUCGGUUGCCAUCUUUAAGAAACGUCUGCAAACACAUCUCUUCCGUCAACACCUGACUGAUCAAUUCUGACUUCUAUUUCAUCUCUACUUUAAAAAAAAAAAAACCUCCAACUUAGCUCUGUAUACUGAGACUAGUCUUCUUUUUUUGUUGUACUUAUGCUGUCGCAAUUGCUUCCAUUGUUUACCCCACCUGUAAGUCGCUUUGGAUAAAAGCGUCUGCUAAAUGUAAACGUAAAUGACUUCAACAGGUGUUAUUACAGCAUCCUAACUCCUUCAUAACAUUGUCUUACUUGUGUCAUUUGUAAAACAUUAAGAAGUGAACCGAAACCCAUAUCUACUUGUGAAGAGAAUAAUAAUAUACCGAAUAAGACUCAUUGUAACACAAGCUAUCCAUUAACACUGACUAAUCUCAAAAUAAAAACAUUCACAGUAACAUUA